CCAAGACAGAGCAAUGGCUAAAGCGCUAGCUGAGGUGAUGCCGGAGACUCGACAUGGGUUAUGUACAUGGCAUUUGAUGCAAAAUGGAAUUAAAAAUCUUGGACCAAAAUUAUUGAAAAGAGGAAAUCAUUUCAUGUCUAGCUUUGCAAAAUGCAUGUAUGAAUAUGAACAAGAAGUGAAGUUUGAGUUAGCUUGGAGUAAGUUAGUUGCUGAUUUUGAUGUCUUUGAAGAAAAUUGGGUGAAGACAAUGUAUGCUCUAAAGGAAAAAUGGGCAGCAUGCUACAUGAAGGAAGUAAUCACUUUAGGAAUGCGAAGCACUCAACUUAGUGAGAGUUUGAAUUCCAAUUUUAAGGCUUACAUGAAGCCGAACAUCAAUAUUAUCCAAUUCUUCAAUCACUUUGAAAGUGUUGUUGAGGAGAAGCGUUAUAAUGAGUUAGUUAGUGAAUACGAGUCUCGACACAAACUACCAAAGCUAAGGUAUAACUAUUCAUCAAUUCUGAUGCAACUUGCACAAAUAUACACUCCUACAGUUUUUGAGGUAUUUCAUGAAGAAUUUUCAUUAUUUUUUGCUACUUGCAUACGAGAAAGAAAUGUAUCUCAAUUUCCUUUUGAAUAUGUUAUCACCUCAAUCAAUGAUGAAGGAGAGUGGAGAGUGUUAUUUGAUCCUAUACAAAUCUCCAUAUCAUGCAAUUGUAGAAAGUUUGAGACUUUUGGAAUACUUUGUUGUCAUGCUUUGAAGGUGUUUGAGGCAAAUGAUGUUAAAUUUGUCUCUGAGAAAUACAUUCUAAAGAGGUGGACAAAGGAUGCACGAAGUGGUAUAAUACAUGACAUACAUGCUAAUGAAGUUGUGGAAAAUCCCAAACUAUCUAUUGCACAACGAUAUAGACAACUUUGCUCCAUUAUGAUUAAAUUUGUUGCUGACGUGUCCUCUUCUGAGAGUUUAUCUCAGCUUGCAAAAGAAGGAUUGCAGGACUUAUAUAAGAAGGUGAUGGAUGCUCGGUUAAAAGAAAAUUCAACAUGUAAUGAUCAAGGUGAUGUUCCAAUACCAACGACAGUGUAUGUCACAGAAGCAAGCGGGUUCAAGCAACGACCUGGGUUAAAAAGACAAAAAAGAUUAAAGAGCUGCCUUGAACUUUCGCGCCAGAAAAAAAGGCAAAAACCAACUAUAAAACCUUCUUCAACGCAACAAUCUAAUGGUAUCAAAUCUCUAAGUCAAGUAGAAUGUACAAGUACAACAGCUAGUUUGGCACAUCCUACAUAUUCUUACUCUCAAACUACAAGACAUUUGCCAACUCAACAAUUUGUGGAUAUUGAAUCUCCAAGUCAAAUGGAAUGUGCAACAUCUAGUUUGGAACAUCCAGCAUAUGUGCUCUCUCAAACCACUGAAAAUCAAUUUAGCUUCACUGAGUUAUUGAUGGAGUCACAUGUAGAUAAAUGAAUAUCAGUCAAGGUUACAAAUCUCAAUGGAAAGAUCAUAUCAGACCAAUAUUUUCAUUUUGGAUUUUGUUUUGUAAUGUGUUUAUUGUAGAAUAGAAAUCACAUUAGCCCACAAACUUGAAUAUGUAUGCUUACUGUUACUAUAACAGAGCAUCUUUUGAACAAUGAGUUUAUUGUGGUGCUUCAUAUAUAUUUGCAAACUCAAUAUGAAAUUAAAGGUCAUUAUAAUUA